AAACAGUCGGUCAUGUGAGAGUCACGUGGUCAUUCAGUCAAAAUGUCGGCAGGCGUGUUGGGCGUGUUUGCAGUAACGAUCCUGUGUGUCACAGGCGUUGUGGGGGUAGGGAUGCUCUACCCCCGGGACUCGGAGAGUCGGGAGGUGAAGAACCUGGAUGGAAUGUGGAACUUCCGUGCCGAUAUGUCCCCCACCAGGGACGCUGGGCUGAAGGGGGGCUGGUUCUCUCAGCCUCUAGCGAAAACAGGUCCCGUGAUUCCCAUGCCUGUACCCUCCAGCUACAAUGAUGUCGGCCAGGAUAAGGCUCUUCGAGACUUUGUCGGCUGGGUGUGGUAUGACCGCACAUUCUUUGUACCUCAGGACUGGCAAAACCGUCGAGUCGUUCUUCGCUUUGGCAGUGCCCAUUACUACGCCAUGGUGUGGGUCAACUCGCAGAAGGUUGUGGAGCACAACGGAGGCCAUCUUCCGUUUGAGGCAGAAAUCAACAAAUAUCUCAACUUUGCUGGCAGCAACCUGCUGACCGUUGCCGUGAACAACACUCUCACCCCCCACACACUUCCCCCUGGCACCAUCACAUACGAGACAGACACCACAAAAUAUCCAGCUGGGUACUUUGUUCAGAACCUUCAGAUGGAUUUCUUCAACUAUGCUGGUAUUCAUCGCCACGUCCGCCUGUACACGACCCCGACCGCGUACAUAGAUGAUGUGACAGUCACCACAGACAUCAAUAAUGGAAAAGGUAUUGUCAACUACCAGAUCGUGGCAGGUGGAUCGACGCAGGGCAACACUAUCAAGGUGGAAGUGGAGGACAGGGAUGGGAACGUCGUGGGAACCUCGGCCAGCUUUGCCGGCAGUGUGUCUGUGGCUAAUCCCAACCUCUGGUACCCCUACACCAUGAUGCCGGACUCUCCAGCCUAUCUCUACACACUGAAGAUGACCUUGACCUCUUCAGCUGGAAUGGAUGUGUACAGGCUGCCAGUUGGUAUCCGCACCGUACAAGUGACCGACACUCAGCUCCUGAUCAACAACAAGCCCUUCUACUGCCACGGAGCUGCCAAACAUGAAGACUCAGAUAUUCGAGGGAAAGGCCUGGACUAUGCCCUCAUAGCGAAAGACUUCAACAUGAUCAAGUGGCUGGGGGUCAACUGUUUCCGGACCUCCCACUACCCGUACGCCGAGGAGAUCAUGGAUCAGGCUGAUCAACAGGGUGUCAUGGUCAUUGAUGAGAGCCCGGGGGUCGGCAUUUCCUCGGAUGAGAACUUCAGCAAUGAGUCUCUGUCUCACCACCUGGAGGUGAUGGGCGAGCUGGUGAGGAGGGACAAGAACCGACCCUCUGUCAUGAUCUGGUCUGUGGCCAACGAACCAUCAACUAGCAAGGACAUUGCUGCACCCUACUUCAAGUCUGUGAUUGGUCAUACUAAAGUCCUUGACCCAACCCGACCUGUGACCUUUGUGUGUAGCGAGGACUAUUAUAGUGAUAAGGCUAUUCCCUAUGUGGAUAUCAUCUGCUUCAACCGCUACUAUGGCUGGUACAGCGACACGGGGCACACAGAGGUCAUACAGCUCCAACUGGGAAGCGAUAUGGAUGGCUGGCGGAGCAAGUACAACAAGCCACUCAUCAUCACUGAAUAUGGAGCUGACACAGUUGCUGGACUACACAGGGACCCCUCAUCUGUAUUUACAGAAGAAUACCAAGUGGAUUUUAUGAGUGAAUAUCACAAACUGUUCGACUCCAGGAUUGGAAAAUAUUUAGUUGGUGAAAUGGUGUGGAAUUUUGCCGACUUUAUGACAAAGCAGGGUGUCACCCGAGUCGUGGGCAACAAGAAAGGUGUGCUCACCCGCCAACGCCAGCCGAAAGCUGCUGCAUUCCUGCUGAGAAACCGAUACCACAAGCUGAUGAAUUCCACACGUCACCAUUAAAUGACCUUGACUGCUCCAUGAUGCUAUCAGAUGUUCCAUACCUGACAGAGAUAACUGUCGGAGAGCAACACAAGGGAUGUGGCAACAAGCAGCAUUCAGGGUAAAGACACCUGGGUGAUUUUACCAAAAAUGGAAAUAUUUACAAUUGCUUUCAUCACAGAUUGGGUGAAUUAAUGUAUUUGUUUGGGUAUAUUUAUUGUAACGUAUGUUAAUUAACAUUAAUAAAAAAAAAAUCAGCAGCAAGGUUUGCAUGAUAUUAAUUUAUAAAAAAUAUGAAGGACAAGAAAUCAACAUCAAAUGUCAUUACAACAUAACUAAUCAAUACCACAAUUUUUUAAUUAGUUCAAAUUAAUCUCAGAAUUUUCCUAUUUCUUUCUUUCGACCACUUACAUUGAAUUUUUGGCCAAAGUAUUUGUAUAAAAUUAAUCAAACGUAAUAUGCCUUAGCAUAAGAUCUUGUGUGAAUAACAAGAGCUAAUUAAGCUUAAACCAAACCAUUUUUGUCAAUAGGGGUGUAGGUUGUUUAAAACAAUAAUAUAAUUUCUGUUUCCUUAGGCCAUAUGGGACGUAGGCCAAAUUGGACGUGGGCCAAUAGGGGAUGCACCAGUGCAUCAUAUACUACAGCUUUGUUUAACAGUAUGGGAGCAUUUGUGAUUGGGUAGUUCGCAAUAAGUAGUUGUUUAGUUGUGUAGAAAAUGUAUCGCCAUAUAAGUUAGCCAUAUAGUUGUUAUAUGAUGACUGAAGCUGAAACACCGGUAUAAUGUUUAAAUGUACAUGUUUAGUAUGCUUUAAAACAGGUGGUGCGCACUAGGGUUGUGAUUGAUUGGGAUGUUUUGGAGAUCAUCAUGUCUAGUGAUGUUUUAAAGCAAAUUUACAUCUUUAUUGACAAAGUUUGUUAUCACCUGCUCGUACUCCUCAAGGGAUAUGAUCUAGUUUCCGACUGUUCAAAAUACUUUAAAAAUCUCUUUUUGUCCAAAAUACUGCAUCGCCUGGAAUACGAUGCGAUUUAUGCUUGGGUGCACACUAUACUCAAAACAAUAUGGUAGUUUCAAUAUAUAACAACUCAAGAGUAUCAUGAAAUGUCAAUGUAUUGAUUAAUAACAAAUAAGUUAUUCUGUAUGAGCAUGGAAAAGAAAUUCCUAUCUGUACAUGACUUAUAAGCUUAAUGCUCAAUAUGAACAAGGUUGGUCCAUUAAAUAUUUAUAAUUUAAAUUUCUGCCAUUUUUAUCCAUCUUAACCAGAUAAUCUUUACAAGCGUGAAUGUUGGGCAGUGAAUUAUUAAAUUAGAAUUGAUAUUCAUAAAUUUGUAUCGAUAUAGUAUCAAAAUUAAAAAUUUGUAUAAAAAUCAAUAGGCGAGGACAACCGUAGUGCACACUCCUGUUUCGUUCUCUUGAUUCAUAAGGGUUAUGGCUUAAGGAGCCCUUGAACUAAUCAAUCACCGGGUACAUCUCCAGUGUCAGCAAGGGGGUCACAAAAUACCUUACUCAAUCACUGUGUUACAUCAUGUUCAAAAUAUACCAAGGCCAUCGGACCAGUAGCGUAUUUAUGCCAAGGACGUAUGUCUCACCUGCACUUUAUCUGUCCGAGUCGUUCAUUAACUCACUGACGUAUCUCCCAAUUGUGUCACUGUGCCAGACACUUGCUUACACAUUAUCUGUCCCAGUCUGUCAUCAUCUCAGCCGUAUCACCCCAUUGUCUUACUGUGCCUGACUCACACAGUACAUUAGGCUAAAAAAAUAAUAGUCUUGGUUCUCAGGCACCGCCCGUAUCAUCAUUAAGUUCGACGCACGUUUCAUUUUUAUUUCCAUUUUUAAAAAACAAACAAAAAAAUCCUUAAAUAUUCCAAGUCCAACGGUAGUCAAAUAGUGUAUUCCAAUAUUUUACUCAUCAAGGAAUACAUUUAUGUAGAGAGGCCCUUUCCCAGGUUGAUUGAACACAAUUGAUUACAUACCGUAACUUUUUAUGGGUUACAUACUAGUUUGAAUGACCCAAAAAAAAAAAAGACAACGCCCACUCGCACUAUAUUUUCAAAAACCAUUGCCUGAGAACAAUUCUUUUAUUUUUUUAAGCCUUACA